AUGUCUUCUGAAGAAAAUGAUUCGUAUGAUGAAGGCUAUUCCAGCGACGACAACUCCUCUAAAGUCUCCCUUCACCAAGUGACACGGGAAGUCUCUGGGAAAACAGUGACUGAAUUAGUUAGUCCUCCGUUUUACUUUGCCGUUACUUGCGGCAGACAAGAACUCUUCGAUGAGAAACAACUUCCUCCCAAUCUUUCCGUUCAAGACUCCAAACUGAAUUUCAAAUCAAAAAUUGAUGGCGCAACUGCUCUUCAUAUUGCCGUCGAACUCGGCAAAUCAAAUUUAGUGAAACAAUUUUUACUGGCGGGAAUCACUCAGAACACAAGAGACAAUGACGGAAACACCGCUUUAAUACGUGGGGCAAUCGCGGGAAGAACCAAUUCCUGUGUCUACGUAGCUCGCAAAAUUAAGAAGAGUGGCAUCGACUUAAAGAACACUCGAGGCGAUUCCGCUUUGUAUAUAGCCUGUCGGAAAAACAAUGUGAAGUUAGUUGAAAAAUUGGUGAGGUAUGGCGGGGAUGUCAAUAUCACUAAUACUAAACAAGUGACUCCACUCAUGGUGGCCUGUUUUUAUAUGAACUUAGAGAUCAUGCAAUUCCUCAUUAAUGCCGGAGCCAAGAUCGAUAGGUAUGACACAGAACAUUCAAAUUGUUUGCAUUACAUGGCUAAGUCAACCAACUUUGGCAAUGUGACGAAUUAUGGUCCGUAUUUUGACUAUUUUAGAAAAAGCGCAAUGCUGGCAGAGGCGGAAGAUGUACAUGGGAAUCAACCAUUACACUACGCGCUUCAAUCCAAGUUUGAGCCGCUUGUCAAUUUUCUGUUGAACAUCACGUCGAUGAAGGAUGUGAGAUUAGUGUAUAACGAGGUGAAGUCACAGACGCACGACGAAAUUCCGGAGGACACGUUCAAGACACCAAGGGAAAGACAGAAGGAAGACACUGGCUAUUCAAGAGAGUCGUUCAUGACGAGGGAAGACUCUAAGAUUGACGAAGAACAAGACAAUGAAAAGACGAUGAGAGUCAUAUUAGACGAGUGGAGUAAGACUAAGAAAGUGCCCAAAGAGCUCUUUCGACAGAUCUAUAGAAAAGUCCCCAAUGACUUAAGAAAGCCCUUUUGGGAGUUACAGUUAAAGGUCGAGGAAAGUAUAUCCGAUGCUCCUGGAUACUACAAGCGAAUUUCUGAGUUAGAAGAUCGAGGGAAAGAUGAUGGCCAAAUUCAUAAAGAUGUCAUUCGAGCGCAUCAAAAUAAUGUACAUUUCAUGACGAAAUAUAUGGACGGACAGAUGACUUUAUUUCGAGUGCUAAGGACAUGGGCACUUGGAGAUAAGGACAUUGGAUAUGUCCAAGGGUUUUCUGAUUUAUGUGGGUAUUUAGUGUUAGUGUUACAAAACGAGGAAGAGGUGUACUGGGCAUUCAACAUGAUCAUUAAUGGGACAAAAUACAACUUGAGGGAGAUGUGUUUGCCGGGGUUUCCUGGUGUUCAGCGGUGUUCUUAUGUUGCGAUGAAAAUGAUUAAGAAGUAUCACACAAGUAUAUUUAAACACUUACAGAACGUUGAGUACGACUUUGUGACAUCAAAGACUUAUAUGUUGGAGUAUUUCAUGUUGUGGUUCUCGCGGUGUUUUCCGUUGGAAGUCGAAUUAAAGAUCCUCGACUUGAUAUUAAUGGAAGGCUGGGAAAUAUUAUUCACAGUCUUCAGCGCUAUUCUACACUUUUCAAAACCUGCAAUUUUGGAGAUGGACGAGUUCAUUUACAUUGAUAAGGCACUUGUGACACCCGUCACUUUAAUGGCAGAGAGGUAUUCUGAAGAGACUUUUUUUGAGUUCAUUCGAAAGGAAAGAAUAACACCAAAGGAGAUUAGUGCUUGGUACAAAUCUGCCCCAAAACCCGAGUGA